AACUUUAAAAAUGUGACGUGAGAAAAAGCGGAAUCUGUCAGUCCUCGUUAAAAUUCAUACUUUUAAGCAGUGUGUUAAAUUAUAACUUCAUAACUGCAUGCGGAAAGCCAUUAAGUUUAUUUGCAUGACCUUGGACUCAGCACAAAGUCCAACCAGUGCAGUGUGAGUGUGACACACUAUGGGAGUUCACAUAUUGUUUGUGUGUUCAGUCCCGCAAGAUAAACAUGACAGUAAACUACAGACUGACCGUUCUUCUUUGGGGAUGUUUCCUUAUUUUCUCAUCUAAAACAGCAAGUCAAUCCUGCAUGUCUAAAUGUGGAGACAUACUGGAGCAAUGUUCCUGCCAUGCAACCUGUGUGUCUUUGCAGAACUGCUGUGCAGAUUACAACCAAUCCUGUGUUCAGGUGACCCCUUACUCCAGCUCCAUGCUGGGUGGAACAGCUCUCAGGAUCCACAGUUUGCUCCUUCAUCCUAAUGAACGUGUGCUCUGCAGGUUCAAAGGUGAGAUUGAAAGAAAUGGAUUUACUGAUGCUGAGGGCCAGGCAUACUGUGUCACUCCAUUAUUGUACGAGACGGGUUGGAUACAGUUUGGUGUCUCAAUAGAUGGAAUUAACUUUGACAGAUCUGGAGAGUACUUGUCAGUCCACCCCAGUAAAGCAGACCCUGCUUUUCAAGUCACCCUGGUGAAUACAACACAGUGGCAGAACUAUGGCAUGCAGAACACAGCAGAACGGCUCAAGAUGACUUGGAACAGCUCACUGAUUGGAGCAGAGAUGGUCAACAUAGAACUGUGGGGCUACAAAGAGUUCAGCAGGGGCACAGAGGCAGGGACACAUGGAUCUGUAUCAUUUGAGGCGAAGAUGAGCUAUCUGUACUCUCUUGGCAAGAAUCUGCCCAACACAGGUUCCUUUAGUUUUGUUCCUGAGCCAUCGAAGGAGCACACUGACUGGGAGCUUGGGAAUAUCCGCAUCACUGCUAGUUCUAUAUCUGAUGGAGCAAGGGAUGUUCAGGCGCUGUGGAGUGGAGGUCAUGUCUUAGCCUGGCACCUGGAACAGGCUUUCAGAGAUGACUCCACGGCGUGGGCCAAGAACAAGUGUCUGCAGUGGGACGACUUGGAGGAGAAGCUCCCCAACUUUCUGGAUGAGCUCAUUGACUGUCCAUGCACUCUGGCACAGGCUCGAGCAGACACAGGCAGGUUUCAUACUGACUAUAGUUGUGAUAUUGAAAAGGGCAGUGUGUGCACUUAUCACCCAGGUUGUGUCCACUGUGUCCGAGCAAUUCAGGCCAGUCCUACACAUGGAUCGGGUCAGCAGUGCUGCUACGACAGUUCAGGUGAUCUGGUUCUGACGGGGGAUUCAGUUGGUGGCAGCACCCCAGACAGGGCUCAUGACUGGGGCUCGCCUCCGUACAGGGAGCCCCCACGGGUACCUGGUUACUCCCACUGGCUCUAUGAUGUCAUGAGUUUCUACUACUGCUGCCUUUGGUCUGACCAUUGUCACAUCUAUUUCAACCGUCGACCUUCUAGCGGAUGUCGCAGCUACCAACCCCCAAAAGCAGCUGCUGUCCUCGGGGAUCCACAUUUCAUAACGUUUGAUGGCUUCAGCUACACGUUCAACGGCAAAGGAGAGUACUACCUUGUGUUGUCACCGCACAGAGAGCUGAGUGUUCAAGCCAGAACAGAAAAGGUGAAACUUAAGAAAGGUACCGUAGCCAACGCCACGCGGCUCUCAUCAGUGGCGAUGAAGGAGAAUGCCUCUGAUGUCAUCGAGGUGCGUCAAACAGAGGGUCACCUACAGGUGCUGAGGAACCAAAGGGUCUUACCAUUCACCGAGCAAAGAUGGAUGGACCUACAUGGUGUGCUGGUCUUUUCCCCGAGUCCACAGGAUGUGACAGUCAUGUUCUCCUCUGGUGUGGGUGUGGAGGUCCAUGUGCACGAAGGAACCAUGGCAGUAACCGUCCUGUUGCCGACAGAGUUCACUAAUAAAACCCAGGGUCUCCUCGGCCUGAUGAACUCUGACCCCUCAGAUGACCUGCUAACUCAUCUGGGACACAUCAUCUCCUCUGCUGAUGCCACAGCAGAACAAAUCUUUACCUUUGGAGCAGGCUGGAACAUUUCAAAGACGUCAUCCCUUUUCACUUAUGACUCCAAGUCCCUUUUGGACGACUACUACAUCCCACCAUCCCACGACUCUACUUUUUUCCCGGCCUUUUCCCUCCCUGAGAGCCCUGACGACCCUCUGGUGGCAGACAUGUUGACCAUGUGCUUUGGAGAAGGAGCGCGGUUCUGUAAAUACGAUACGUUGACCACACGCAGCCUGGCCGUGGGAAACUCAACGCUCAGGGUUUUCCAGAAUCACCAAGCCUUGAUUAAAGUCCUGGAGCCAGUGGUGUCUUGUGGCUGGAUUCCUGUGCCCCAAAGUGGAAAGAAGAAUGGCAGUAAUUACCUUGAAGGAAGCACCCUGAGCUUUUCCUGCAAUGAAGGCUUUAUACUGUAUGGUUCAUCAGAGCGCACAUGUCUGGAUGAUGGAACCUGGACCGGAGAACAACCCUACUGUAUAACAGACAACAAGGUCGGGUUCGUACUCGGGGCCGUUGGUUCCCUCUCUGCGUUCGUCACGAUGGGAAUAAUGAUCAAUCUACACAACAGAAAACAAGACAGAGAGAGAAAAGAGAAGCUGGACCAGAUGGAGAUUCAAGAACAGACUUGUUAAACCAUCAAAGUAAUUUUUUACUGGAUUAAGGAUCACACCACUCCAGAAUGAAACCAACAAUAUGUGGCAACAAUUAUGCUUAGAGCUCAGGAAAUCGUAUUCAGUUGUGUUUUUCAUUGAGCCAAUAGUCUUCUUUAGUCUUCUUUUGACCUGUUGACCUGAUCAGGAGAACCUCAGGCACUACUUAAUCUUUCAGCGUUUUGUUUUUGCUUCAUGUUUUCCUUCUUGUUCUGUUUGGAAAGCCUCCAGGUUGUGGUAAAUGGCGCAUGGGAUGAGGAUUGACUGUAGUGAAGAGAUGAAAAAGUGUCAUGCUUGUUUUUAUAUUCCUGUUUUGCAUGACUGGAAGUCUGAUCUUCACUUAAAAUGAGAAUUGUAUAAAUACUACGCUGAGAUAUCAUCAUUACAAUCAACACUCCCUUCUCCCGUUCAGUUUUAAACAGGACCAGAUGUCUUCAUAUUCAUGUCAAAUGUGAAGUGAACCUGAUCGGUUUUUUGGUUGAAAGACUUUGCAGCCUUUGUGUGGCCUCACAGCCUUCAGUCAAACGAAGGGUUUUGCUGAGUGACUGAGCCAGAAAAAUCCACAAAUGUUACGAAAAGGUCACCAUUUGCUUUUCCACUGUAUCGACCUUUGUUAAGCUUCUUUUCUUUUUACUGUUACAUCUGUAUCUGUACUUAUUCCUUAAAGCAAUGAUUGAUGGAAUGCAUUUAUAUUUUUUAUUAAGGUUCAGUGUGUGACAUUUAGUCCAAGUUUCAGAUUGAAACCCACUGACUACCCCCCUCCCCCUCCCCUACAGUGGCAGCAGAAAAUACGGAAGUCCCUCAUUACAGUCAGUAUUUUUUACUGUCUUUUUUUUUUCUUUAAGGAGUUAUGACUCUGGUACACAGUCCUAGUAUAGUAUAUGAUGUAAUGCACCUUAACACUAGACGCCACCUGCCAUAAAAUGGAAAAAAAAGAAAUCAGUUUGGAACUACUGUAAAUACACUGCGUCAUAAUAUGGCAGACAUUAUGGCAAUAACCCACUCCCUGUGUCGAUAUGAAUGGCUCGUUCUAAGGUAACAAAAAAGUAACCCAGGUGACUAUACACUUCCAAAAAUGUUCAUUAAUUCAUUUGUUAUCUGAACCCGCUUUAUCCUCACUAGGAUUGCUGGAGCCUAUCCCAGCUACUUAUGGGCGAGGGUGGGGUACACCCUGGACAUG